AUGGCUCUCACUAAAAUCUCCUUAGUACUUCUUCUCUGCCUCUUAGGUUUAUAUUCUGAAACAGUCAAGUCUCAGAACUGUGGUUGUGCCCCGGGUCUAUGUUGCAGCCAGUACGGUUAUUGCGGUACUGGAGACGCCUUCUGUGGUCAAGGUUGUCGAUCAGGUUGCACUAGUACCCAAGGCGAUAGUCUUGGCACCAUUGUGUCACCAGCUUUCUUUAACAAUAUUAUCAACCGAGCUGAUAAUAGCUGUGCCGGGAAAAGAUUCUACACACAUGAUUCUUUCAUUAGUGCCGCUAACACUUUCCCUGACUUUGCUAACUCCGUUACUAGGCGUGAAAUUGCUACUAUGUUUGCUCAUUUCACCCAGGAAGUUGGAUAUUUCUGCUACAUAGAAGAGAUAAACGGAGCGUCAGGAGACUACUGCGACGAAGACAAUUACCCACAAUACCCAUGUGCACCAGGUAAAUUUUACUUUGGUCGGGGUCCAAUUCAACUAUCGUGGAACUACAACUACGCGUCGUGUGGACAGAGUCUCGGUCUCGACCUUCUACGUCAGCCCGAGCUUGUAAGCAGCGAUCCAACUCUAGCUUUCAGGACAGCUUUGUGGUUUUGGAUGAAUAGUGUAAGGCCAGUACUGAACCAAGGAUUUGGAGCCACCAUUAGGGCCAUCAAUGGAAACGUAGAGUGUGAUGGUAAGCUUCCAGAUAAGGUUAACGCAAGGAUUAACUACUACAGAGAGUACUGUGGGCAGCUUGGUGUGGACCCUGGUCCUAACCUUAGCUGCUAA